AAAGAGAGAGACAGAGAGAGAGCGAGAGAAAAACAGAAAAGACACCAUAAAGAAAAAACAAGUUUGACUCGCCCUCAUUUGUACUCUGUACCGCUUCCUGCUUCCUGGCGAGGCCACCCCGGGGGCGGCCACUCCCCUGUUAAUGACCAAGUUCCAGCUGGUUUCGACCUCCCAGUUCCUCGCGGCCCUGAACCUCAGAACCAACGUUUUUGGAGCCUCCCAGGGGUCAGAAAGGGAGCUGACAAUCUCUCCACGCUGCACUGGGGCGGCGGUCCCGCCUCGGGGUCUCAAGCCUCUCGCAGCUACGCGGAAGCGCCAGUCCGGGGACGAGGGCGGGAAGCCCGUUUGGAACUCAGGAUCUAGGUAAACGAAACCAGAAGCCACGGGUUUCGUCACCACGGUCUCUCGGAGGUCUCUUUCCUGGUAACUUCAGGGAAGGUUGUGUAAGGAGCACUCUUGACUGCCAAGGGUCGGAAGCCGAGCAUCGGCUCCGCGCCCGGGUUCCCCGAGCUCGUCUCACCGCAGGCAGCGCCGGAGCUGCGGCGGCCACAGGGCCAAGAAAACCCAUUACUGAACUCCUUGAGUAUAUAUAAUUAAGAGAACUGUUUAAAUCAUGGAAAAACAAAAUGUGCAAAUGAAUGAUCCUUACCCAGGAACACAGUUGCCAGGCGGGUAUCCCCCUGAACAUCCUCCGGCAGCUUUCCCAGGACCUCCAGGAUAUACUGGCUAUCCUGGCACCCAGGCUGGCUAUCCAGUCCCGCCAGCUGGCUAUUCAGGUGCUGGCCCAGUCGGCUUUCCUGUCCCAUACCAACCAGUGACUAGUCAGCCAGGCGCACCUGCAGGGGUACCAUGGAUGCCAGCACCAUCACCUCCAUUAAACUGUCCACCCGGAUUGGAAUAUUUGACUCAGAUAGAUCAACUAUUGAUUCAUCAGCAAAUUGAACUUCUGGAAGUCUUAACAGGUUUUGAAACUUGUAACAAGUAUGAAAUUAAGAACAGCCUUGGACAGAGAAUUUACUUUGCAGCAGAGGAUACUGAUUGCUGUACCCGAAAUUGCUGUGGGCCUUCUAGGCCUUUUACAAUGAGGAUUCUUGAUAAUAUGGGCCGAGAAGUCAUAACUCUGGACAGACCACUAAGGUGUACCAGCUGUUGUUUUCCCUGCUGCCUGCAGGAGAUAGAAAUCCAGGCUCCUCCUGGUGUACCAGUAGGUUAUGUUACUCAGACCUGGCACCCAUGCCUGCCAAAGUUUACACUUCAAAAUGAGAGGAGAGAGGAUGUGCUAAGACUUACUGGUCCAUGUAUUGUCUGCAGCUGUUGUGCAGAUGUUGAUUUUGAGAUUAAAUCUCUUGACGAUAAAUAUGUGGUUGGCAAGAUUUCCAAGCAGUGGACUGGCCUUGUGAGAGAGUUAUUUACAGAUGUCGAUAACUUUGGCAUCCAGUUCCCUUUAGACCUUGAUGUGAAAAUGAAAGCUGUGAUGCUCGGCGCAUGUUUCCUCAUUGACUUCAUGUUUUUUGAAAUGACUAGAAAUGAACAGAGAGCAGGAGUGUGGUAAUGCAUUCAUUGACAUCUCCUCAGAAAAUCUGAAGUCCCUAUAUCGAUUGGGACUAUGUAAAAGAAGAACUGGUGGAUUUUUCUCUUUAUGUAAAUGACUUAUUAUAGCAUAUGUGAAUUACACUGUGAUGCCUGAAGCUCCAGAUAUAUGAUUUUACUUUUCAAAUUAAAGAGUUUAUUUUUAAUAUCA